AUGAAGGCAGAGGAAUCCUCCUUGCAUCUGAAGGAUUCUCAACAAAUCGAGAAUUUACAGAUCCCAAAGACCCCAGAGAGAACCGUCGAAGAAGCUCAAGCUCAAGCUCAAGCUCAAGCUCAGUUUAGUGAAGCCCAGCACAAGAAUGAGAUCGAAAAGACCAACCCCCCGCUGCAGACUUUCUCUAUAACGGAAAUUACUGACCAAAUGACCGAAAAACUCAAUGAAAUCCUAAUGGAGGUAAACCACUCUGACUCGGAGAUAUCCAAGGUUUAUGACCGACUUGAAAAGAGAUUGGAUACCGUUGCCAAAACCUUCAAAUGA